CUCCGGUGUCUUUGGGAUGUACUACGCCCUUCUCCCCAUUAUUACAGCACUCGUCUGCCUCCCUGCAAACGCCCAGGAUCAUGCUUCAGGCACCCCUGCCGGCCAUAUUGCAGAGGUAGUAUGCGCGACAGCAACUCAAGAAGUGGCUAACAUGCCAUAUCCUGGUGAUUGCACAAAAUGGAUAAAAUGCGACACCGAUUAUGCCGGCACCGCUACGGUUUAUACCUGCGAUGAAGGGUUAUGGUUUAGCUUUGAUGCCCAAACAUGUACCUGGCCGGACCAAUCAGGCUGCGUGGAUGCGGUGUGAACAUAAACCCAACCUU